CUCUACCGAUCAGUUUGAAAAGACACGCCAAGCAGUGCGAAACGUUCCGAUCGCUGGGAAAAUAGGAAAAAUUAAGAACCCAAACAAAAGUUCGGAAGUUCGCGUUCUUUCAAUCAAAAGUAAUAUUUUGUUAAUUAAUUACUAAGCAAACAAACACAAAAUGCACAGCAAACUUUUGGACGAGCUGAACGAGAAUGGCUAUAUUGUCAUCGAGGAUUUCCUCACGCCCGAGGAAGUGGACUCGCUCUUCCAGGCGGGAAGAGCUCUCUGCCUGGAUGCUCCCCAGAACAACCGGAAGAUCUUCAGCACCAUCAAGCAGGAGGAUGCGCAGGGCAAGGAGAUGUACUUCAUGGAAUCUGGAGACAAGGUGCGCUACUUCUUCGAGAAGGGAGCGGUGGGAGAUGAGGGUCAGCUGCUGGUGGAUCCCAUGAUCGCUCUGAACAAAGUGGGACAUGCUCUCCAUGUGGAGCACCCCACCUUCAAUGCGAUCACCUUCAGCAAUCGGGUUCGCGAGAUCUGCUGGCAGCUGAACUACAAUCGCCCCGCCGUCUGCCAAAGUAUGUACAUCUACAAGAAUCCCGGAGUGGGAGGGGAGGUCACUCCCCACCAGGACUCGUGGUUCCUGCACACCGAUCCCAACUCGGCGGUGGGCUUCUGGCUGGCCCUCGAGGAUUGCACUCUGCAGAAUGGGUGCCUGCAGUUCAUCAAGGGAUCGCACAAGAGUGGCGUGCACAGGCGGUACCUCCGCAAUCCCGACAAGGAGGCCAGCGAACUGAUGGUCUACGACCGGGCAGCUCCCAUCUAUCCGCAGUCCAGCUUCACCCCGAUGCAAGUCAGCAAGGGCACUUGCAUCCUCAUCCACGGAAAUGUGGUGCACAAAAGCGAGCCGAAUCGUUCGCAGAAGAGCCGACAUGCCUACACUUUCCACGUAAUCGAGACUGAGAAUAAUGUCAAGUAUUCAGAGGACAAUUGGUUGCAGGCGCCGAAGGACAAGCCGUUCCCCGUCCUUUUUGAGCGCAAGGCCUGAGGAUCUGAUCGAGAUCGUGAUUCGGUAUUUUCGCAUAUAAGUCUCUAGUGAAUUUUUAAGUUUCGUUGUACACGCCAAGAUGUAUGAAGUAAUUGUAAAUGUAAUAAACAAACUUCCUAUUGUAAUUUUGAUUUUAAACUGGAUUUAAGCAUGGAUCAAGCAGUGUGUGAGCUGGUCCGAAACUUCGCUAACAUAUAAGCAGUUUAUUGGUUAUGUUGAAGCAGUUGUAAGCAGUUGAUUGUCAUAGAUAGUAAGGAGCUAAUGACCGACCUUAUAACACUUUACAAAUAAAAUUUAAAUGAUAACAUA